UUCCUGCCAGGUCGGGGCCGAAUGUCUGUGUGGCAGGUUCGAGUCCCGCCUCCUGACUCUCGGCUCUUGGCCCAGAGUCUGGGGCGGGGCUCAUUCCCCGGGUAACCUUUCCUCGGCGAGGGGCGGCGGCGCAACUUCGGCUUCACCAUGGAGGACUACCUGCAGGGUUGUCGAGCUGCUCUGCAGGAAUCCCGACCUCUACAUGUUGUAUUGGGAAAUGAAGCCUGUGACCUGGACUCCAUGGUGUCUGCUCUCACUCUAGCUUUUUACCUGGCAAAGACAACUGAGGCCGACGAGGUCUUUGUACCAGUUUUAAAUAUAAAACGUUCUGAGCUACCUCUUCGAGGUGACAACGUCUUAUUUCUUCAGAAAGUUCACAUUCCAGAGUCCAUCUUGAUUUUCCGGGAUGAGAUUGACCUCCAUGCGCUGCACCAGGCUGGCCAGCUCACCCUCAUCCUUGUUGACCAUCAUGUCUUACCGAAAAGCGAUGCAGCCCUAGAGGAGGCAGUAGCAGAGGUGCUAGAUCAUCGGCCCAUCGAGCAGAAACACUGUCCUCCCUGCCAUAUUUCAGUUGAGCUCGUGGGGUCUUGCACUACCCUGGUGACUGAGAGAAUCCUGCAGGGGGCACCAGAGAUCUUGGACAGGCAAACUGCAGCCCUUCUGCAUGGAACCAUCAUCCUGGACUGUGUCAAUAUGGAUCUUAAAAUUGGAAAAGCAACCCUAAAGGACAGCAAAUACGUGGAGAAACUGGAGGCUCUCUUCCCAGAUCUGCCCAGUAGAAAUGACAUCUUUGAUUCCCUACAGAAGGCAAAGUUUGAUGUAUCAGGACUGACCACCGAGCAGAUGCUGAGAAAGGACCAGAAGACCAUCCACAAACAAGGCACCAAAAUGGCCAUUAGUGCAAUAUACAUGGAUUUGGAGGCCUUUCUGCAGAGGCCUGGCCUCAUCACCGAUCUCCAUGCUUUCUGCCAAGCUCACAGCUAUGACGUUCUGGUCGCCAUGACUAUCUUUUUCAACAUGAACAACGAGCCAGUGCGGCAGUUGGCUAUUUUCUGUCCCCACGUGGCACUCCGAAUGACAAUUUGUGGAGUGCUGGAACACUCCCACUCUCCAUGCCUGAAGUUAUCUCCUAUCCCAAGCACCCAUCCUAACCUCCAAGCCUAUCUUCAAGGCAAUACCCAGGUCUCUCGAAAGAAACUUCUGCCUCUGCUUCAGGAAGCCCUGUCAGCGUAUUUGGACUCCAUGAAUAUCCCUGCCGAGCAGCCUGAAAUAGUGGGUGUGUCGAGGGAGCAGGUGGACAAGGAAAUGAACAGGGCAGAUAACUCCCUGGUUUCUGAAAUGAGUCAAGAUGAUGAGGAUCCUCCACUGCCCCCCACACCCAUGAACAGUUUGGUGGAUGAGUGCCCUCUUGACCAGGGGCUGCCUAAGCUCUCAGCUGAAGCCAUCUUUGAGAAAUGCAGCCAAAUCUCACUGUCACGGUCGACCAGUGCCUCCCUGUCAAAGAAGUGA